AGACGCUGCCUCACACGGACUACUGCGUCGUUUUGCGGACCUAUUCCCUCUGCACCCGGCAGAUGGCCCGCUUGUGCCGGGGGGAUCUGGUGUACCACUCGGCAGUCUUCCGGAUCAAAGAACUCUUUGGGCAGCACAACUGCUCCAGCGAUGGGCCCACCUCCUCUGCCAGAGCCCCCGGCGCCGCCGACCUCCUGGUUGCGGAGAUGUGCGACUACCAAGCCCGGUCUGGUCUCCGGACCAAAUUUGCCCACUGUGGGCUCUUUGGAGAUCCUCACCUGCGGACAUUCAAAGAUGAAUUCCAGACCUGCAAAGUGGAAGGGGCGUGGCCCCUCAUUGAUAACCAGUACUUGUCGGUUCAGGUGACCAACGUCCCUGUGGGGCUUGGAUCCGGUGCCACAGCAACCAGCAAGAUCACACUGAUUUUCAAGAGCUUCCCAGGUUGUUCUGAGCAGAGGGUGUAUCAGGCGACCACCGAAGAUUUGCCUCUGGCUUUCACCGAUGGUACAAGGGACGGAGGGCUGCAGGAAGGCUCCAGCAGCCUGCGGAUCCUGGAGAAGCCAGAUGUGAGGCAGGUGGAGAUUCAGGCCCACCACAUUGGCAGCACUGUCAUUAUCCGGCAGGUGGGCCGCUAUCUCACCUUCGCGAUCCGUGUGCCAGAGGACAUUCUGGGCCCUUCCGAGCACAGCGCUGACCUUCAGCUUUGCCUCCAUGGCUGCCCCCAGAACGAGCGGAUCCAGGAACACCAGCUGAACCUGGCAAGCGCCGUCCCGCCCUGGCCAAGCUCCCGGCAGGCCUACACGGUGGAGUCUGCCACCGAGGAGUGCAGUCACCUUUUGCCGGUGGAGGACAUGUACUUCCAGUCUUGUGUCUUUGACUUACUGACCACAGGGGAUUCCGAGUUCUCCAUGGCCGCCUAUGGAGCUCUGGAGGAUAUGAAAGCGCUGUACCCCAGCAGGCUGCAGUUGCCCCCCGCCUCCAGGGCUGCUAGUUCAGGGGGCAGGAGGAUCGGGAUCAACCUAGGGGUCAACCUAGGACCUCAGAAAGCUGUGUACACCAAACUGUGUGGAGCUGUGGGCAUAGCCACGGCGUCGUCCUACGAAGGCACUUCCCGCCCACGGCAGGCCCGCCAACUGAAGGUUUCCGCUGGGAGGACAAGGGUCCCUGCUUCGCCUCGUUCCGCCCUCGGCGACGGCAAAAUGCUUCUCUUCUCGUGGCGAGCCCUGGGCGAGGCGCCCGAGGCAUCUGUCCUAAGGCCGGGCCUCUCCGCGUGGGAUCAGGCGCUAUCUGUGGCCACGAUUCUACUUACCCCCAGCCAACCACUGAAGAGGGAAGAAAGAAGUUUGGUCCUGCGGUUUUGUUUGCACUUUUAA